CUUCUUUUAUUGGUUUAUUUGUUGCUUCUGUUUCUCUCGUUGGGUUUACUUAGUUCCUCCACUCAACCCACUCAAUCCACGACACUCUUUUUUUCUUCUUUUUUCUCCGUCGUGGAUUUGUGUCGCCUCAGUCAACCCACAGCCAGCCAGACAGACAGAAGAACAGCAGAGAACGACAGAUAGACAAGUGUCUUCUUCCUCUCCUCGUCUCUUCUCCUGUAUCUUUCUCUCUCUCUCUCUCUCUCUCUCUCUCUCUCCCUCGCCUAUUUCAUCGAAAAUGUCCGUCUCGUCUCCCACUCCCAAGCUGGACCGCUACAUUGUCAUCCACGUCGCGACCACCUGCGACGAGCAUGGUGUCUACGUCACAAAGGACUCUGCAGAGGUGAUUGAAUUGGGGUGGAUGCUGUUGGACACCAAGACCUGCGAUGAGCUGCACCGCGAAUCCGUCCUCGUCAAGCCCGUCAACACGCCCAUUACUCCCCUCUGCACGAGCUUGACCACUCUGACUUGGGAGCAUGUCCGCUCGGCAGGUACUUUCCGCGAUGCCAUCAACCGUUUCGACGCUUUUGCCCAGGAACACCUCAUCAGCAAGAACCUCGAGUUUGCUUUCGUCACCCUCGACUCUUGGGAUCUCCGUGUCCAGUUGCCCCGCGAGGCCCGCGAUAAGGCUGUCGUCCUGCCUCCCUACCUCCAGCACUCGCGCACCUUUGACCUCCGUACCGAGUACCAGAGAUGGCAGACCCAUCACCCCGAGUCGUUGCCUUUUGGCCCCAGCUCGCUCGCCAACAUCUGCGCCGCCCUCGAGGUUGAACCCGUCCAGUCCUCCGCUCCGAUCAAACACAACCUGCCUUUCCACCUGCAGGCUCUGGCCCCCGCUUCCCCCCGCCGCGCCAUGGAGGAGUCCAUCACCCUCGCCCGUGUCCUCCGCGGUCUGAUCCGCAAGUCUCAACCCCCGCAUGAGCACCCCGAGAUCCUUACCCGUCCUAUGGAUGCCCGGGCCGAUGUCCGUGCUUUCCUGGCUGAGCGCAGCAAGGUCUUGCACCUCAGCGGUCUGCCCCACGAUACUACUCAGUCGGAGUUGGAGAGCUGGUUCACUCAGUUUGGUGGUCGUCCCAUUGCCUUCUGGACUCUGCGGACGCCUGAUCAGCACAAGCCCACCGGUACCGGAUUUGCCGUCUUUUCGUCUCAUGAGGAGGCCGCUGAAAGCCUCUGCAUGAAUGGUCGUGCUCUCAACGAAAAGGCCAUCGAGGUCUCCCCCUCCUCCAGCCGUGUUCUGGACCGUGCCGCCGAGAUCCUGACACCCUUCCCUCCGUCGAAGAACCGUCCUCGUCCCGGUGACUGGACCUGCCCGUCUUGUGGUUUCUCCAACUUCCAGCGUCGUACCGCCUGUUUCCGCUGCUCGUUCCCCGCAAUGGCCGCUGCUCCCGACCCGGUUGGAUACGGUGCCUACGGCUACGGCCCUCCAUCGAUGAUGCCUCCCCACAUGCACGGUGGUGGCGGUAGCGGUGGUGGUGGUAGCGGUGGUGGUGGUCACGGAAUGGGUCACGGCGGCCGUAUGGGCGGCAACGGUGGUGUCGUUCCCUUCCGUGCUGGUGACUGGAAGUGUGGCUCUGAGGGCUGUGGCUACCACAACUUCGCCAAGAACAUCAACUGUCUGCGUUGCGGUGCCCCGCGUUCGGGUGCUGCCGUGGUCGCUGACUCGGCCUUCCCGUCUCCGAUGGAUCCUCCUUCUGGCUUCGGUAUGGGUCCUAACUCGAUGACCAGCACUCCGGCCCCUGCGCCUUUCGCUUCUGCGGCGGGUGCAUUUGGUGGCUUUAACCAGCAGUUCGGUGCCCCCCCCAGCAACUACGCCUUGCCCUCCGGUCUGGGCAGCGGCCCUGGCGCCGCCUACCCUCCCAUGGGCCAGAUGAGCGCUGGUUACGGCUCUGCCAACUCUCACUCCACCGCUUCGUUCGCCAACCCCGCCGCUCAAGCUGCUUUCACGAGCGCUGACCACAGUGCUCCCAUCAGCGCCUCCAACGGUGCUUUCUACGGCAAUGAUGGCAGUGACCCGUUCGCCUUCCUCUCCACCGGUCUCGGUGGUCUGACCGUCGCGGACGAUGCCCACACUCGCCGGAACGGUGCGGGUGCUAACAAGUCUCCUGCUUAAACGUUUGAUACCGGGAUGAUGCGGUAAUGAGAACCAUAUCUAUUCUUCCUUUCUUGUCUUUCGGUCAUGUUGGUUUAUGUCAAUACGGAUGGAUUGGAAUUGUUGUCGAUAUAUGUUGAUGGUUGAUACUACGCUAUUUGUAUAAGGAAAUUUUGCCGUUCUGGUGCAUUUCGGUUGGGAGGAGCAGGCUGGUAGCGUGUCGUCGUUUCUGGGUCUUUUAUUUUAUGUUUGAUUUCAAAUUUGGGCAUGUUUUACUAUUUCCAGCGAACUGUUUUGAGGGCCUAAGGGUAGACCCUCCUGGGAACAGCAACAAAAGGCAAGGGCAAAGGGGGUGUGGGCUGGCAAAGGCGCUUUCGACAUCAAUUCUUUGAUUGGGUUUUUAUGUCUUUCAUCGCCCUGUCUUGUUUGAAUUCGGAGGGUAGGGUUUGUUCGGUGAUGGAGUUUCUUUUCUUUUCUUUUCUUUUUUUUUCCUUUUUUUUUUUUUUUUUAUUUCU